UGCUUUCGCUCUUAUCACUUCUCUACUAAAUACACUACACUUCCAUUUCCAACAGCCUGUUCCAUGUUUGAUUCUUGAUGAUACAGAACUGGUGGAAUCUUUGUGUAAGAAGAUUCGAUUUUUGCAAGCCUUUUUGGAGGAUUCUCACAUCAACAGCGAGGCAAGGAGUGGCUUGGAGACAGAGAUCAGAGGUGUGGCUCAUGAUGCAGAGGCCAAAAUUGAAUCAGAAUUACAUCUAUUUUAUUUGCAGUGCAACCAGGUAGAUCACCCAGUUAAGCCUCCUCAGAGUCUUUAUCACACCUUGCAACAAGUAACUCGCGAAAUUGAAUCAAUUGAAGAAAGGAUUCAGAUUGAGAGCAAUAACAACCAAUCCCUAGAGCCUCAAAGAAGAAACAGAACAGAGUAACAGUUUCUAUGGACUUUCUUCAGAGCACAAGAAUGUAAUGGUAGGAUGCGACGAUGAGUUUGAAACCAUAGGGCACAAGCUCAUUUCGCAUUCCAAAAAACUGGAAGUCAUCUCAAUCGUGGGGAUGGGAGGCAUCGGAAAGACUACCUUAAUUCAGAGAGUCUAUGAAAAUACAUCAAUUAUUUCUCAUUUUGACGUUCGAGCAUGGACUACUGUUUCUCAAGAGUAUAACCUCGAAGAAAUGCUUCUUGACCUUCUGGGUUGUAUUGGUAAAAGGAGCACUGUUGGUGUUGGCAGUACCAUUGAAGGAGACACCUCUAAUGAUGAUCCUCCAGCAAUUGGCCUUACUGAUCUUCCAGCAAUUAACAUCAAUGAAAGAGCCAUCUCUAAUGAUCCUCCAGCAACUCGACUGCGUAAAGCGUUGAUGGGUAAGAGGUAUCUAAUUGUUAUAGAUGAUAUAUGGAGCACCAAGGCAUGGGAUGACAUCCAUACAUGCUUUCCAAAAGAGGAUUUCAACGGAAGUCGAAUAUUGUUGACUACAAGGCUGAAACAGGUGGCCGACUAUGCUAGUGUAAGUAACAAUUCUCAUUACAUGCGAUUUCUAAAUUUCAAUGAAAGUUGGAAUUUAUUUUACAAGAAAGUAUUUGAGGAAAAAAAGUUUCCUGCCCAAUUUAAAAUGAUUUGUAGAGGUAUUGUUGAAAAAUGUCAAGGAUUACCUCUAACAAUAAUUGUGGUUGCUGGGCUAAUCACCUCAAUCAAUAAGGAAUCCUUAAACCAGUGGGGUAUUGUUACUGAAAAUUUGAAUUCAUUGCUCAGCAUGGAUCCGGAAGAAAGAUGUUCAAAAAUACUUUCACUAAGUUACUACCACUUGCCUCCACACUUGAAAGUGUGUUUCUUAUAUUUUGGAGUGUUCCCGGGAGAUAGUAAGGUUCUUGUGAAGAGAUUGGUUCAGUUAUGGGUUGCAGAGGGAUUCUUGAAGCUUGAUUUGAAUAAGAGCAUGGAAGAAGUGGCUGAAGCUUACUUGCAGGAUCUUAUAGACAGAGGUCUAGUUCAGAUUGAUAAGCAAAGUCCUAAUGGCAAAAUAAAGUCUUGUAGACUCCAUGAUAUAUUGCAUAGCUUUUGUUUGAUAGAAGCUCAAAGGGAGAACCUUUUGUGUUUUAUAAAUGAGAAUAAUAUUGAUGUGGCUAUGUCAACAAGCUUUAAUCCAAAAGCUUGCCGUUGGAUUUGCAGUCAAUUAAGCCAUUUGCAUUUGUCAAUUGUCCGAGCAUGGUAUGAUGAUACUCACACAUCUGAUGAAGAAAUCCAUUCCUUCAUAUAUUUUUUGAAAGAUUUUCCCCGUAGCUAUGAACCAUGGUCUUCCUCUUUUAAACUACUAAAGGUGUUGGACAUAGGUUCAACAUUAAUUCUGGAUAUUAUACCCGGGGAAAUAGUUGAUCUUGUUAAUUUGAGAUACUUAGCCCUAUCCACUAGUGUUGUUCUUCACAAGUUCCAAUGGUUUAAGCUUCGAAGUUUGCAGACUUUCAUUGUUGAUUUUCAUGGUUACUCAUGGAAAGCGGAGCCACCAUAUAUUUUGGAUAUGCCACGGUUAAGGAAUGUUUAUUUUACCAAGGGUUCUCCUUUGUAUCUCCCAAAGUUGGUUCAAGAAAAUCUAUUGACUAUAUCUUGGUUGAAUGUGCCAGAGCCUUUGUGGACUAAGUCCGACUUAACAAAGAUUCCAAACGUGAAGAAACUCGGGAUUUACAUUGGGAUCAGCAUGAAUUUUAUGCCUUCUUUAUUGCCGCCUGGUUCGCUUGAUGGUCUGGCUGAUUUGCAUCAACUUGAGAACUUAAAAAUUGCAGCAAAGGAAAGCAAUCUUCUUGUGGGUGACUUCCAACUUCCAAAAGUUUUUCCACCAAACCUUAAAAAGUUGACGCUUUGUCAUACUUAUCUUCCAUGGGAUGAUAUGCUUCUUAUUGCCACAUUGCCCAACCUUGAGAUUCUAAAAUUGAUAGGGUAUGCUUUUUAUGGCUCGGAGUGGAAAACGACAGAGAAUGGGUUCUGUAAAUUAAAGUACUUUCAAAUCGAAGAGUCAAAUCUCAAGUAUUGGAGUGCGGUUGCUAAUCAUUUCCCCGCUCUGGAAUACCUAAUUCUAUCAUACUGUCAACAUUUGGAAGAAGUUCCAGCUGAUUUUGUUGAUAUUACCACUUUACAAUUAAUUAAGUUAACUCAUUGUUGCUCUUCACUUGUUACUUCCGCUAAACAUAUUCAAAAAGAGCGACUGGACUAUGGAGACUAUAAACUCGUUGUUCGUGACUUUCAUACUUUGCCGCAAAGGAAACAACUAUUCCCAGAAAGAUUGCUCGGAGGGUAUAACUAGGUCCGUCUUUAUACCGUGGACCAUGGUCAUGG